UUAACGAAAUAUAAAGUAAUAUUUAAUAAUCACUAAACAGUUUUACAUGUCUAGCAGGUACGUAGGAACGUUUUGUUAAGCACACACUGUCUGUAUCAGCUGAAAGAGGCGGCUAUGUCACGCCAAAAACUACUGAGAACAGAGCUGUCGAUUCUGGAGAAGUGUUUCCCUAAAAACUGUGACGGAUGCUUUCAGAUAGUAGUAUCUUCUGUAGAGGAACUUGUCUGUCGAUUCACUAACUCAAAAAAUGGCACCUCUACUAUCUACGAUUUAACAUGUAACAUAUCGCCUAGUUACCCGGUUGUCAUGCCGAUAUGGAUAUCGGACAGCGAAGAUAAGUAUAUAGCAGACUUGGUUGGUGAGCUCAACAUGUCCGAGGCUGCUGGGUCCAGUCACCCGCUUCUGUCAAAAGUUCGAUACUUUAUCUCACAAAUGUGUGAGCAUAUGAUUGUAUCCCUCCCUCCACAAGUAGAGCAGCUAUUCAGUAUGGCAGCUCAGCAGGGCCAAGAUUCUGACUCUGACAACAUGGAAGAGGAUAUAGGAUCUGAUGAGACUCUGUCGGAUGGUGACGAUGUUGCCGACGGCACCGAUGAUGAUGGAGAUAUAGGAGAGGACAUGUUCGCUGAUGAGGACCUUGACCUCCAGGCAGAUGACCAGCCGGACAUUGGAGGGGAUAUCGGGAUAGCAGAGGAGAACAAGGCCAUUCUAGAGAGGGUACGAAUGAAUACUCGACAAGAGUACCUGGGUGGAGCUACCUCCGGGUCCAUUGCUGCCACUGAUCGACUCAUGAGAGAGCUCAAGGAUAUCUACCGAUCUCAAAACCUCAAAGACAAUAUCUUCUCUGUUGAAUUGAUCGAUGACUGCCUCUAUAAUUGGAACAUGAAACUCUACAAAGUGGACCCGGACAGUCCCCUCUUUGAGGACAUGAAGAAGCUGCGAUCUGCCGAGGGAAAGGACCACCUCCUCUUCCACAUUGUGUUUGAUGACAAGUUCCCCUACAGCCCUCCGUUUGUGAGACUAGUCAAACCGGUUGUGACUGGUGGCUAUGUCCUGGCGGGGGGUGCCAUCUGUAUGGAGCUCCUCACUCCACAGGGCUGGAGCAGUGCUUACACUGUGGAGGCUGUCAUCAUGCAGAUCCAGGCCACUCUGGUCAAGGGCAAGGCUCGCAUUGUCUUCAAUCAAGCAAGAGGUGAGGCUUACACACUGUCCAAGGCGCAGCAUGCCUACAAGUCACUAGUCAAGAUACAUGAGAAGAGUGGGUGGUUCACGCCCCCCAAAGACGAGGGUUGACAUCGUCUCCCAACUUUGUUGCCUCCUCUUUGAUUGUUUGUGUUAUCUCUUAUCAUUUAAAUCAUGAACUGCUUGCAUAGCUGUGAGCAGAUCGCCUUCAAAUUCUCAUCUUAUAUAUAUGUGUGUGUGUUUUAAUUAAUUGUUGUAUUACCAA